AUAAUUUAUAUAGAUUAUGUUCAUUUUAAAAAUAAAAUAUUACUAAACAAAAUUAUUUCAAUCACACAAAAUGGGAGAGAAUCAGAGAGGUUCGUCGAGAGAGAAUUGGGGAUCUAGGUGUGAGAAGAAUGGUGAGCCGGCUUUUGAGAAGAAUGUUGAGUCUGGUUUUGAGGAGAAUGUUGAGCCAGCUGUUGGAGGUGAUGAUACACUUGAUGAUGGCUCUGUUGGUGGGCAGAAAACUGGGGGUGAUGAGGCAGCUGAGUUACAGAUGGUUGGUGAAAAGGAAACUGGGGGUGAUGAGGCUGCUGAGUUACAAAUGGUUGGUGAAAAGGAAACUGGUGGGGAGAUAGUAAAGAAGCAAAAGUUCAAGCAGUGUGCUAAGAAGAAAUGUAACUUGGCACCGAAAAGGAAACUAAAGCCUUCAAUCCAUGUCAAGGCUCCUUAUACUGAAGAAAAGGCGAAGAAGGAAAAGAAGAAGGAGAAGGAGAAGGAGAAGGAGAAGAAGAAGAAGGAGAAGGAGCAUGAGAAGAAGGAGAAGGAAAAUGAGAAGGAGAUGGAGCAAGAGAAGAGUUCGGCUCCUAUUUUGAUCUCUGAUGAUGAGUAUCGCUUGUAUUCUGGUGUGUGAUGAUGAUGUAUAAAUCUGUGUUUAGGUA